AUGUAUUCUUGGGCAAUUGGGAAUAAACAUGCAUUUCAUAGAAAGUGGGAACAUAAUUGUAAAAGCUGUGUGUUAACGCGCUCGUGUGCCGUAUGUGCUGCAGAUGAUGUGUCACGCGUGAAUAUGCUACGCUUUAUUCUGGACUGCCUGCGGCCGGCACGAGCGCGCGCUGCAGCCGCGACACGGGACACGGAGCUUGAGGCUCAGGUCAACACUUCAGACGAUAAUGAAAUCAAGGGUCUGCAGGAUGAGGUACACACGGAACAGGAGACUCUUCAGACGGUCAAGGCUUUGCGCCGUAACACACAGGAGACCGAGGAGAUGCUGGAAAAGAGGAAGACACAGCUGAAGGAAAAACUGCAGAUGAUCUAUGACCUCCAGAAACAGGAGAGAGAAGUGCUGCAGUCGCUGCAGGAGGAGCAACAGGAGCUGGAGCAGACAGUCCAGCAGUAUGAUGUGGAGCUGUGUGCCGCGGCUGAAGAUCUCCUGCAGCUCCAGCGGGAAGUGGCUUACGCCAAAGCACACGCAGAAAGCCUGCAUCUACGCGUCACUCCGCUGCAGGACUUAUUCGAGGAGAUUAUACAGGUUAAAAAGAACCUGGCUGAGCUGGUUGCUGGCCUUAUAACUGGUGAAAGUUCAGUGGCUGAGAUGACAGAAGCAGCUCAUUGUGUCGUUUUGAGCCAGGAGUUGGAAGGACAUGUGGAUGUUGUCGAAAGUGAGUGUGAUCAUGUCCUCAGUGAGAAGAUCAUGUCCAAAGCGGAAGGAGAGGACGUGAAUGACGUUGAGCAGGAGAGCACUGUAGAGGAGCUUGAUAAAAUGCAGUGUUCAAUGGAGAACUUGAAGAGCAGUGGCUCGUCAUCUUUCACUGAGAUCACACUGACAGAGGUCAAAGAGGAGGAUGUUAUGUUCAGAUCAACCACUCCACAGUCUGACUCUUCUGACAUGGAGAAGGAAGACUUUGAGAUCAUUCAACCUAGUCAGGCGACAAACAGACAGUUUGACUUCUUCCAUCCAAACCCCUUCACUGAUGGUGAUGUAUUUGGAGAUGACCAUUUUCCAAAGGUUGAUGUGACAGAGCAAUUACCCAGGGACCCGUUUAAAGGCACAGACCCUUUUGCCUCUGACGCUCUCUUGGUUAACAUGUCAGAAGAAAAGCAUUGUCAGGAUGACUUCAUCCCUGCAGAGAACAGUCUUCCAGAAACUGUACACUACCCUCUCCAAUCCGUCGUUAAAGACUACGGUACCUUUAACGCUCCCAUCAACAGGCCACAGUCCACUGGAAAGCGUGAUAGUGGUGUGUCCAUGUCCACUGAAAGCAGGAGUCUCAAAUCUGGCAGCGAUGUAGAUUCUGAGUGUGGGACAAACGCCACACCAGGCCAAAAUGGUGAUGCUGUGAAACCAGAUCUAUCAAACGAAGCUUUGCGUCCUCAGUUCGAUGAAGAGUGGGUCCAUGAAUCAGAUUCUAGUCACAGUUCUACAGUGUUUAAUUCCAUUGAUGCCGAUUCCAAUGUAUUCGCUGAAGAGGAGGAGGACAGGGUUGAUGUUCAGACUGGAUCUGGUUUAAUUAAAAGAGCUAACUCACUGUGUGGUCUACAGAGCAUCAUUGCAGGGUCUUAUACUGGGUUUCCUCUAAGUCCAUGUGACCCUGAUCCACUCUCAGGCGACUUCCAGAAGACCUUUGAACAUCAUAUUACCACUUCUGAACAAAAUGCUGCGAAUGCCGAAGAACUCGGAAAUACUGAGAGUUUAUCUCCAGAUAACAGUCCAGGUCCUCUGUGUGAACAGCUGCAUGAUAUAAAUAGUAAUCCCUCUAGCUCUCCUUCCAUUUCUCCUUCUCAACCUUCUGCUUUAGACGAAUGCGACUACAAAUAUGGAGAUAUGUUCUUCUUCACUGUGAGAUUAGAUCCUGGUAGCCCUGAACUACAUAAUCAAAGUCCGGCUUGUCCUGAGCCCAAAGAUGAGUCCCACGGCCAAAUGCAUUGGAAGGACGCCUCUUUGAGCCCUGAAUUCAAUGAUAAAGAUGAAUUUGAAUGUUCCAGUCCAAAGCCUGAAGACAUAGAACAACACAACCAGAUCACCAAUGACCAGAACACAGUGGAGCUGGAGAUCGUGACAAGCAGUGACCCUCCUAAACAUGAUGAGAUAUUAGUGCCUGAUUGUGAAAAGGAGGUUUUAGAUAUUCCAAGUCUUACAUUUGAGGAUUCAAAUGCUUGCCAAAGUGUGCUUGAUUCAGAGUGGAAUGACCAAUGGACGGCAAAUCCAGAUGUAGUUGAACCUGUUCCUGAUUCAUCCAUCCUGGACACAGAAAGCAAUCUGUCUAAUUCUGCAUCUCAAGACCUCUUUUGUCUGUUCAGUAACACAGAAACAUCAGCUACUGACCGGUUUUAUGCCCAUGAGCAACUCAGCCCUGAAUCCAGUAGUUCACAACACAAACCUUCAUCCUCUGAAAGCUUGGUCAUGAGUAAACUUGAACUCCAGUAUUUUGACCCAUUUAGUCCCAUACCUGCUGAGCCGGUCGAAGGCGUAUCUGACUUAGAAGAAAUGAACACUGUUAACUCGUUCUGUCAUGAAGCUCCAAGACUAGAUUCUGGUUAUCAUGAAGUUGGUACUCCUACUCCUUUUAGUCCAGAACCUGCUGACAAAUCCAAAUGUAGCAUUGAUCUUCAAGGACCAGGUUUGGAAGCCAGAAAGCAGAGCAACUCUGAAAUCCACGUCCCUGAUCCAUUUAGCCCCGAAUCAGUCGAUACGGGGAUAUUUGACUCGGAAACGGAAAACUGUGAGUCUGGUUAUAUGAUUACAAAGCGUCAACUCUUAAGUCCUCAACCACUUUACACAGAUUUAAAUAAUCUGGAGGAGAAGCCGAUAUCCGUGUCAUGUGACGUGCUAAGUGAUCAUCUCAGUGAUUGUUACCCCUUUGGUUCUUGCCCAUCUAAUGAAGAGAGCUAUGCUUACAGUAAUGAAGAAAAAAUCAUUAAACCAAUCCGAGAAGGAUCUGAUGCUUCGCGUGAAUCCAAACCUAGCUCAAUAGUGUCAAAUGCUAGUGAUUCUUCUCAAGUAUUUCACUGUGGUUCGGUGUGGGGAACCUCUGAAAUGAGCUUUCCCAACCCUGAAGUGCUCGACCCAAUGAAAAACAACAUUUUUGAUUUUAAUACAAUGGAUGUUGGAUCAUUUGUGUCUGACGUAAGCCAACAAGUUGAAGAGGCUACACAUGGUGCUGGAAAAGUACUGAAAAACACCGACCUGACUGAAAUGGACUAUUUCUGUUCUGAGCUCAGUAAAAUGGUAUCCUCAAGUUCAUCUGAUUCUGUUCAACAGAGCGUUGCUGAGAUGUUAUUCGGCGCUGAUCCAAACGCCUCAAGCUUUUACCCCUGGGAUUUUGAAAAGCCACAACACAGUUGUUAGUUUUCAGACCCAUUGUGCUUUAAUCAGUCUCAUUAAAUCACAGUUGCAUUUUCACAUGACUUUUCCAUUGUUAUAUGGGGAAAAAAUAAGUGUCUAAGUGUAAACGAUUGUAAAUGUCAAAGUGUCUAAACUUCAUGUGACUCACUUUUGUAGUUGCAUUUC